CCAUGUUUGAUCAUAUGCUAUUAAUGUAAAGCUUGAUCAUAACUCACUAAUGUGGUCAUUUAUAGCUAAAAGCAAUGGCUCCUAAAUUUACUUGGUGUUAAACAUCGCAGCCUCAUAGCAAACAUAUGAAUCUAAAUCAACAACCAAACUUUUUUUUAUCAGUUGCUUGUGAAUUCAAAUGGACAUGCUAAACAGCCAGUCUGCUUGAAUGCAUUUGUGCCAUUGAGUCACUGUUGCCCUGAUCCAGUCUCAAUGCUAGUGACAUCAGUGGCCCUAUAAUCCUGUGUAAUCCUCUAUCUGAAUCCAGAGCCCUGAUGAACACAGUCCGUAGGCACAGGUUAUCUGACCUACAUGCCACAGUAGGGGGAUUGGAAUACUCUUGGCAAAGGAAAUAUCCACCCUUGUCAUUUACACCCAUAAAUCAGACUGCCUGGCUGGCUGUUGUAAUAGCCGCGCUCUACUGGACUGCAGAUAGUGUAGUAACAGGCAUGGGACCAGCCGUAAAGAUGUCUUAUAACUCCUAGUGGUCUUUAAGGACCUUGAAUGUUGUGCUAGUUUACCGUCUGAUUGCUUCUUCGGGAUGUGCUAGUGGUUGGUAGAGAGGCGUAAGGCUGUUGUUCUCAUGGCUUACGUUCCGUAUGUGUGGUACUUAAUGGAUCGGACAAAGUAUGAUAGCUGGAAAUGGAUUUCAUGGCUGUGAUGGGGACCAAAAAUCAGAAACUGUUGAAGGUUAACAUGUGCAGUUCAGAGAUGCCAAGGCGGAGGAACAUGUGAAGAUGUACCUAAAGGUGGCGAAAACAUGGUGCAUUCGACUGGUUCCCCUUGUGUUGCUGCUCAUCUCCUACUACUGCUUCACCUUUUACGUUCAGAGCAAUGGAAGCACCAUUAAAUUUCCUGCUCCCACCAAGUCCCUGUGUGAGGAAUGGAUGGGGCAGGGGAAGAAAUGGGAAAGCCUCAACUUCACCAGCAUCACCAGGAAGACUGACCUAUUUUUAAAACUGGAGGAUUUCUUCUGGCAACAACAUCUGUCAACGCUAGCAUUGCCUUAUGGUAUUAAAGGCAGUGAAUCGCUCCUGCUGAAGAUUUUAGCAGUCACUGCCAAUUACAAAAUGCCUUCCACUAUUGAUAAUCUGGAGUGUAGAACUUGCGUGGUCAUAGGGAACGGAUUUGCCAUCAAAAACAGCUCUCUCGGAGCUGCUAUUAACAAGUAUGACGUUGUUUUCAGGCUGAACGACGGUCCAGUGCGAGGCUACGAGCAGGACGUGGGCAACAAGACCACCCUUCGUAUCUUCUACCCCGAGUCGGCCUUCUACAACCCCAGCCUCCACAACAACCCAGACACGCUCCUGGUGCUGGUGCCGUUUAAGCAGCAGGACCUGCGCUGGCUCAAAGAGAUCCUGUACAAUGAGAAAAGGGUGAGGAAAGGCUUCUGGAAGCCUCCUCCACAGAUCUGGUUGGCUAAGCCCAGUCAGAUCCGUGUGCUGGACCCAUACUUUCUGCACCACACCGCCAGCAAACUACUCCAGAUCCCUCUGCAACAAAAGGGCAGAGAGAAACUCUUCCACCCAACCACUGGGAUCUUAACUGUGUUCAUGGCUCUGAACUACUGUGAUGUGGUGCACAUAGCAGGCUUUGGAUACCCCAAGGUCAAGGACCAGAAGCAGCCAAUUCACUACUUUGGUUCCUCUACUAUGACAGCCAUGAAGGAUUCUUACCAUGACCUUGGACGUGAGGCCCAAAUCUUGAGGAAACUGGAGGAGGCAGGGGCCAUACUAUAUCUUCAUGCUCAUUCCUGACACACACAUAAAAAUGCACAUACCAACACACACAUACAUGUAUGCACGUACAUGAGUGCACACAAACACAUACACGUGUACACCCACACACACACACACAGAGACACAUCCAGACCCAUACACAUUUGUACUUCUGAGCAAAGAAAGUGCUGAAAUUCUACAAUCUCUCUCUCCUUUCUGCAUUCACAGAUGUUAAGGAACAUCCUUACAUCUGUACUUUUGCACACAUGAACUUGUGAAUGUUUCCAUACACUAAUAAAAACGCUUGAAAAUGUACUGGUACAUAAAUACAAACAUUAUCUACAUGACACCCAUGAACACAAUGACACCACAUUUUCUCUGCCUCUCCUUCGCACUUCCACACAGACCAAAGUGCAAAACACUUGAUUCCUACUGCGCUGGACUUCUGGAUUUCUGGAUCAGAAAUAACGCCACAAUUCCAGAAAUGUAUGUCUGAUUUUAGACAUACUUUUGUUAAGAGUAAUUUGUAAUUUAAUGUUUUUAGAAUGAUUUCUUCUUAAUCUCUACCACUGGAUAUUUUAUUCUAUGAAUUGUUUAAGUUUAUAUUAAAAUGAAAUCAAAUAAAUAUUUUUUUUGGUA